AUGGCAGACGACACUCGGGAAAAUCAUACCAAAUCCCAUGGAACUGCCCCAGAAACGGUCAAGAAAUUUCCCAAGAAUAUCAUCUUAGGGAAAGAUGGCAAACCGUGCAAGGCAUGUAACUCCCUCCGAGACAUGACAUCUCUCUCCAAAAACCUCACCAAGGCCCAAACCCUCCCUCGAAAAGACUGUCCCCCAGACGUCGAAGAGCUUGGCCGUUCCUCCUGGACGCUCCUCCACUCCAUCGCCGCCACCUACCCUACGAAGCCCACACCCACAGAGCAAGGCCAAGUAAGCCAGUUCUUGGGCUUAUUCUCGAAACUGUAUCCGUGUUGGGUCUGUGCCGAGGAUUUCCAGGACUGGAUGACGAAGAAUAAAGUGCGGACGGAGAGUAGAGAAGAGUUUGGGCAGUGGAUGUGUGAGGCGCAUAAUGAUGUUAAUAAGAAGCUUGGGAAGAAGGAGUUUGAUUGCUCAAAAUGGGAGGAGAGAUGGAGGACGGGGUGGAAAGAUGGGAGAUGUGAUUAA